GUGAAAUCAAUAGUGAAAAUUCGUAAAGUUUUUAGCGCUGGUAGACAUUAUACUUGAUUACGCUUUGGAAAAACUUUAAAGCCUUAAAAUUUUUCUGCCAAAUUUUGUAGUGUAUUUUUAACAGUAUAUAUUUGGUAAAAAUAUAAAUAAAUAAAAUAACUGUUUAUUAACUAGCGAAAAUAACAUAAAGAAGUGAUCGGAAAAAAGCAGUAACUUUAAGAGACGAUACAGGGGUGUGGGGUUGAAUGGCUCAUGUAAUUUUCUGUUUUAUGAAAAACAAAGGCUUUGACAGGAAGUUUACGUGCAAAACUGGAGAACAAGUGAGCAAAGAUAGACGGGAAGAAAGCGGUGGAAGAAACGAUCGUCGAAUAAACGUCGACUAUUGAACAAGAGGGUUGGAGUUUUAGAAGCGACUUUAGCUUCGUUAAUCCAACGGAAACGAUGUCAACAACUUCUCCAAAUUCUGGAAAUAGUAGUAGUAGCAACAACAACUCUACAAAAACGACAAAGCGAAAUCAAAUUGACGGCGGGGAUUCAUACAGUGACAGCAGUAGCAUUGAAGAGAAUCUAGAAGCUGAGGAGCGGCGACGCAGAAUUUUGAAAAAUAGGAAUAGGAGCAGUGGUUAUUUACAAAGGAACAUUGGCAGUAAAACUCAGCCCCAUCAUCAGCUGACUCAGCAAAGAAUUAGUAUGAGCACAGCAAGUGGUGCUAUUCCGAAACAUGAUAAAUCGGGCCCUACAGGCUCGGGAGUGUCCAAUAAUAGUUGCAGCCAAAAUGUUGGAGGAGGCGCUUUGAUGCGACCGAACGACCGUAUUGCAUUAUUAGUGGACAAUGUGCGCUUUGUAAUUGAACAGGCGUUAGUAACUGCACAUCCAAACACAAUGCUAGGCACAAUGUUUAGUUCUGGAUUUCAAUUUGUGCAUCCUAAUGAACGGGGUGAAUAUGAAGUAGCUGAAGGUAUUUCGCACACAGUUUUUCGGGCAAUCCUAGAAUAUUAUAAAACUGGCCUAAUUCGAUGCCCUCCAACUGUAUCUGUACCAGAAUUGAAAGAAGCUUGUGAUUAUUUGCUGAUACCAUUCGAUGCAACCACAGUUCGAUGCCAGAAUUUACGAGGUUUACUACAUGAACUUAGCAAUGAAGGUGCUCGUCAACAAUUUGAAGUCUUUCUAGAGGAUUUAAUACUGCCCUUGAUGGUUGCAUCAGCACAACGUGGGGAUCGCGAGUGCCACGUUGUGGUUUUAUUGGAUGAUGACGUUGUGGACUGGGAUGAAGAAUUUCCUCCUCAAAUGGGUGAAGAAUACUGCCAAACUGUACAUAGCACCGCUAUGCAUCGAUUUUUUAAAUACAUUGAAAAUCGCGACGUAGCUAAGCAAGUGAUGAAAGAUCGGGGACUAAAGAAAAUACGUUGUGGAAUCGAGGGAUAUCCUACGCACAAAGAAAAGAUACGUCGUAGACCAGGUGGUCGAGCAGAAGUCAUAUACAGUUACGUACAACGCCCUUUUAUACAUAUGUCCUGGGAGAAGGAAGAAGCAAAAAGUCGCCACGUCGAUUUCCAAUGCGUCAAGUCCAAGUCAGUGACAAAUUUGGCUGAAGCCAAUGCUGAUCCACCUUUGGAAUUAGACGCAAGUGGUAAUCCUAUACGUCCCCCAGAAGUUAAUGUAAACGCAGAAGCUCGAGCACCUUUUAUACCAGACGUUGAAGCAGCCGGUGGUUUAGGCAUUGGAGCGCCUGUAGCAGUUGCAGUUGAUGAAGCAGCAGGUGGCGUAAUAAUGCUGAAUGACCUUGAACAUGCUUCUGGCGGUGCUGUUGAAGAAUCUAUUUGAAUACACAUGUCCUAAACACAAAAAAUUAUCAUUUAAAAAUCAUAAACGCAUGUACUCUGUCCUCCUCCAUACAUAUGUAUAACCAAAUGCAAAUAUGAUAUUAAUAUACGUUUCUUAUUUACAAA